AUGGCAGACAACGGUAGCACUGCUGGAGGCAACAAAGCCUCGAAAAGAAAGCAGAGAAAACCGCAAACUGAAAAGGAGUUUUCUGCACAAAAAAAUCAGUUCGUAAAUGCUGGACCCCAGAUUAAUGAAGAAGGAUGGCUUUUGCAAGACGAUACAAUCAAACUGCUCGAUCCUCAGCGCAAAAUAGACCGAGUUCAGAUGCUAAAUGCUUGUGAACGUGCAUAUUUUGAAAGAGACUACCAUCGAUGUUUGGAGUUGGUGACACAAGCAUACCAGCUUUUUGGCGUAGAAGACGACGACACGGAACAGCUUCAACGGGAUUUUGAAGCAUUGGGAAGAAAAACCAAGAAAAGUGCCAAGGUGGAACGUCAUGUGGUAGAACUCGGCCACAUCAAGCAACGAUGUCUUCAAAAAUUGCUGUAG